AACAUUUCCUCCAGCUUCCAUCGAAGCUCCCAUGGCACAAAUUACUCAUACCACAAUAUACUAACUCGAAUUUACGGCGAAUGCACCCGUUUUCAAAAGGUUCCGAUCAAAUGAGCCGCUUCAAAUCCGCUUUUUUGUGUUUUUUUCUACUGUUUUCGGCGUCUGAAUCGCUUUCAAGCUGCCAAGAUAUAGUACGAGUGAGUGAAGAGUUUACGGAGGCGUUGCUGUUGAGGCCGCUUCCCGAUCGGAAGGUGUUGGCUCAUUUCCACUUCCAGAGCACUGCGCCCCCCUCUCGAACCUAUGGCCGCCACCAUCACCUUUUCCCUAAAUCAAUAUAUCAGCUGGUUCACAAAUUCAAGGUUCGAGAGAUGGAGCUAUCUUUCACACAAGGUAGCUGGAAUUAUGAACGCUGGGGUGGAUAUGACCCUAUAUCUAAUAGCAAUGCAAAGCCUCCUGGAGUAGAAUUAUGGGCUGAUUUUGACGUUCCACAGCACCAGGUUGAAGAUUCCUGGAAGAAUCUGACACAUGCUCUUUCAGGGCUCUUUUGUGCCUCAAUCAAUUUCUUGGAGCAGUCAACUAGUUACUCUGCACCUCAGUGGAGUUUCCAGUCAUUUUCAGGCAAAUUGCGUUAUGGUACAUUGCCUCGUGAAGCUGUUUGCACUGAGAAUCUCACACCCUGGUUGAAGUUGCUUCCAUGCAGGGACAAAGCUGGGCUUUCUUCACUGAUGGACCGGCCGUCAAUAUACAGGAGCUAUUAUCAUUCUCAGAGGCUGCACCUGAGAUCAGAUGAGUUUGAUACAUCUAAGACGAGUACUGGGAUAGUGCUUGAACAAACCCUUACAGUAGUUCUUCAACCAAACACCUUUUCUGGAAAAAUAUCACAACCCAGUUGGUCCUUGAGCUCAUUAUUUGGAAGGAAAGUAGGUGGAAAAUGCUCUCUUUCUAAUUCCAGUAAUGUCUAUGUCCAAUUUGAGCAGAGUUUAGUAUCUAAAGUAAAGGAAUUAAGAGAAAAAAUGGAAUCAUCAAAGAAUGAGAUUCUUAUUCAUGAAGGCUUAGAGAAUAACCCUUUGUUUGAAUUAUCACUUCCCCCCAAAAGAAUUAUAAAAGAAGUGGAGAACUUGAAGAAAGACGGUUCGAUCCUGUAUGAAUUUUCAGUUGAGGAUUAUGAUGAAUCUGAACUAUUUGAUUUGGGUUUAAGUUGGAAGGUGCCUGUGUUCUGGUCAUGUCAGCAGGCACCUUUACAUAUUAGCAGAUUCUUACUGGGAAGCGGGAAUGAGAGGGGUGCUAUAGCCAUCUCGAUGAAAUCCACUGAGAGCAACAAUGUUGAAAAGGCUGGUCAUGAUGAUAAAGAAUGUUGGUUGAGAGUUGGCAUUUUCCAAGUGGUGCCUUGGUACGUCAAGGUCUAUUAUCAUACACUAGAAGUGUUCUUAGAUGGAGAAUCUCAGCAUACAGUGGACAACGUAGAGAAAAUACAUGUUUCACCCUCUGAAGACAAGGUGUCUCCUGGAGUGAUGGAAAUAAUCUUGAGAUUACCGUGUAGUGUUAGUACAGCUGCACUGACUUUGGAGUUUGAUAAGGGGUUUCUGCAUAUUGAUGAAUAUCCUCCGGAUGCUAAUCAGGGCUUCGAUAUUCCAUCAGCAGUAGUACGCUUCAACAACUUCCUAACAAACAUUAGUUUUGAUGAUAAUUCCGUAAAAAGAGUACCCAUAUUGUCCAAGCUUGAGGAAAAUAUCCCAGUUCUCUCAUACACGGAAGUACUACUCGUGCCUUUGACAACCCCUGAUUUUAGCAUGCCUUACAAUGUGAUAACAAUCACAUGCACGGUUUUUGCUUUGUACUUUGGAUCAUUGCUCAAUGCACUAAGAAGACGUGUUGGAGAGGAAGAAAGGCUUCUGAGGGACAAAGCUGCAAAGAAGAUGGGUCCCCUGAUGCUCAUGCUAUCUAAAUUGUCUGCUAAGUUGCGAAGGAAACAGUGGGAACCGCCAAAACCAUCAUCCUCUCAGAAAUCUGUCAUUAACUACAAGCUAAUUCUGAAAGUCCUGUUAGUUGCUGGCAUUGCUUUUGCUUGGCAGUACUAUUUUCAAUGACCACUGGGGCUAGCUAGGAGCCAUUUCCAUGUAUGAUAGUGUAUCUUGACAGUUAGGGAUUAGCUAGGAUGAGCAUCAAAUAUUUUUCCCCAUAUUCAUCUGUAUUCACGCUUGUAUCCUUGGAUUACUGAUUGAUCAAAAUCUGCUCCCACCCACUUUUAUAGUAUAUCAGGACUGAGAGUUCCAGUCUUUUGCAUUGCUUCC